AUGGAGAAGUUCAGCUACAUUAAACAGUUUAAAGAGUUUAGUGAACGAAAUGAAUCUCCAGAUAGAGCCAAUUGUCAACCUCAUUUCCAGCCUAAUCACAUAACUCGUCCAGAAAUUUCUGUUGUAAGAAAGCGUGAUACUGGUCCAUUUCGUGGAGAUGAAACAAUAAGUUCUCCAAAUACCCUUGUUAGUCAAAUAAAAAUAAUUCCAAACCCACGACUUCAACCAAUUACUGAAAUGGCACAUCCACAACCUCUUUUAACUAAAAACGUUCAUUUGCCAAUGGAUAUGUCAUCUUUUAAUACAGAAAAUCAAAAAGAACAUAAUACAACAAUAAAAUAUCAUAAUGAUGAUUCAGAAACACAAACAGAUGAAAAUAUAUUUCAAAAUGACUCAUCGUUCAGAACUUCAUCAGAGUUUAUUGAAAACAAAUUUAAUCAAAAAAAUUAUUUAAAAUUUCAUGGAGAAGGUAAAAUUUAUAUUUGUGAAGGAGUUGUCAACAAACAAACGAUAUUACCAACUAAACUUGAAGCAGUCAUUCCACUUAUUUUUCAUGAAGCUUCAGUAACAAAAAGUGUAGGUAAUACGUUAUUAAUUCAUUCUCCAUUUUGGAAAGAGAUAAUUAAAUGUACUAUUACAUUAACUCCCAUUAUUGCUGUUAUACAAAUGAGUAGUGAUAUAAUUUGUAAUUCUUGCAUUGUUGUUGUUCCUAAUUCAAUUCGAUAUAAUAUUGUUUUUCAAACUCAAAACGGAGAAAUUCCUUCUGUAAAUUCUUUUAUCGAAUCUAUUAUUUCAUCUCACGAACAUAUUUCUAAUUCAAUUUCAUAUUCAUCUUUACCAACAUUAACUCUCUCUACAAUAGAACCUCAAUUAUUUAAAAAAAUAAUUCAAUUCUUACCAAACAAAGAUAAAAAAUCAUUGUCAUUAACUUCUAAACGACUUCACAUGAUUCUUUCUUCAUUAGUGACAUCACCUUAUAGUGCCUUUCUUCCAACUACAUCAUCAAUUCAAAUGGAAAAAGAAGAACAAUAUGCUCCAUUACCUCAACCACAACGGAUAGAUGGACAUACAAACUAUGUUCGAUCAUUAGAUAUUUCUUCAGAUUUUAGGUAUUUUGUGAGUGGAGCAAGUGAUAGAAAAGUACGAUUAUGGACUUUACCUAAUCCAUCAACUAAAACGUCUCAAGUAUUCAGUGGACCAAAUAGCAGUGUUGUGUCUUCUUCAUUUAUUGAUGAAACAUUAGCCGUUGCAUAUAAAUGUGGAACUGUGAAAUAUAUACCAAUUGCUGAACCUGACAGACUGUUAACGUUCGAUAUUGUUGGUGGUAAAAUAGAAGGUUUUCUUCCAUUAACUGGAACAGCGUUUGUGUCGUGGGGAGACAAAGUUCAAUUAAUUAAUUAUCAUCACCUUCAUCAGGCAAUUCUAUUUACUUACAGUGAACAUCUUAGGAAAGUGUGUUCAGUUAAACCCUUAGGUCCAAAAUUUAUUUCAACUUCAUCAGACAGGUCAAUUCAUAUUUGGGAUCCUAAUUUACCAAUCCCAACUAUAGAAAAGAUUAGAAAUGUUAGAACAUUUAAUGCAUUAGAAAUACUUGACGACCACACUUUUGCUACUGGAGGAGAGUCUAUUGUUCAUAUUUGGGACGAACGUAAAGUAACUGACCCAGUUGAAGUAUUAAACAUCGACUCUAAAGUAAGUUGUUUAAAUUAUUCUAAUGAUAAACUAUAUAUUGGAACUGACAAAACAGUUACAAUUCGUAGUGGCACACAUUGGGCUAAUGAACAAAAUUUGGUUGUAGAUGAUAAAAAUGGAGUUUCAACAAUUAAAGCGGUAGGAAAUAUAACAAUAGCAGGCUUUAGGGAUGGAGGAAUAGAUAUGUGGAAUUUCUCUAUGUAA